AUGAGUUAAACAAUGACUUCAGAGGAAUUUAUGAUGAUCAUAGCAUAGAAGUGCUCUGUCUUUUUUAAGGAAAUGCAUGAAUUAUGUGACGCGUAUUCUCAAUAGGUUCCAUUGAAGAAAAAAACUGGAAAUAAGAGUGGCGUUCCUAAAAAUAGUGAAAUCAAAGAUCCAGAUAUGCCUAAAAAACCCUCAACAGCUUACAUUUUGUACUUUAAAAAUCGUAAAGAAAAAUUCUUGUAGCAAUAUCCAAACUUCGGUAUUACAGAAAUCACAAAACUCAUUGCGAAAGAGUGGAGUGAGCUAUCUAGGGAAAAAUAAAUCCCAUUCUUAAGAGAUGCCGAAAAAGCUAAGCUUGACUAUAUAGAAAGAAUGAAGGAGUAUGCAUCAAAGCAUCCUGGCAUAAAAGUUCCUGGAGAAGGUCGUCGCAGAAAAAAUAGACCCUAAGGUCCACUCUAUCAAGAUAUCCCUGUUAAAAAAGAUGGUUUGCUUGAAGAGUCAAGUGAAGAAGAAAUCGAUGAGCUAGAAGAUGAAGAAGUAGAUGCAUCAAUUUAAAAUAAUAACAUUAAUAACAAUACAUAAGUUGCUAUAUAAUAAAAUAACUAAUAAAAUAUAGUUAAGAAUUAGUAAAUCGUAGUACCUAAUAACAAAAUAAAUGGAAAGAGAAGAGUUAUUUAAUCAGAUGAUGAAAAUUCUGAAAUAAGUGAUGCAUAAGAAGACGAUUCUUUCGAAGACUAACCUUCAAAAAAAGUUAAAAAUUGA